AUGGGGGACACCUCGGGGCUGGCCGCAGGGAAGGACAAUGAGUUUUUCAUGGACUUCCUACAAAUGCUGCUGGUAAGGUCCCCAGAGGAGCUCUAUGAGGGGCCCCUGGGCAAGUACAACGUCAAUGCAGAUGCCAGGGCCGCACUGACUGAGCCCAAGUCCUGCAUAGUUGGCCUGCAUCCCAUGCACAAGGUGGAGCUGGUCAAGCGGCUGGUGCAAGUGCUGGGCAGUGAGGAUAGCACCUAG